AUGGCACUACUGCAAGACCUGUUCCGUCACGGUCGUGGGGUCUCUUGGACCGAUACUGCUGCCGUGCGCAGCUCCAGGCGCUGGCUUAGUGUGCAGCGGCAUCUGCAGUCGGCACUACGUCUAGACUCGGGUGGUUGCGGACUGCCGCACCCGCAGAAGCGCGCUACGGGCGGAGAAGAUGCCUGGUUUAUCAGCACUAAUAUUGUAGGCGUCGCUGACGGCGUUGGCGGCUGGGCGCGUAAAGGUAUCGACUCGGGCGAGUAUUCGCGGACACUAAUGGAGUCGGCCAAGCAGAUGGUGGCGAUGGCCGAUACAAUGCCAACGCCGUUGCAAGUGCUAACAGAGGCACAUCACAGUGCACAGUGUCCGGGCAGCUCGACGGCAUGUAUAGUGCAGUUGGAUGGCGAGGUGCUGCGAGCAAUUAAUCUGGGCGACUCGGGCUUUUUGCUCUGUCGGCUACGUCCGGACGACGACGCGCGGGGUGAGUUAAAGUGGCAGAUCGUGCACGAGACACUGCACCAGUGUCACUACUUUAACUGCCCGUACCAGCUGGGAUAUGGGGCGAACGGCGACACGCCUGCGAUGGGCGAAGUGUACGAGCUAAAGACGGAGGAAGGUGACGUGAUAGUACUAGGCACCGACGGACUCUUUGACAACUUGUAUUCAGAGCAAAUUGCAAGUCUGUUAGACACGGUACUGUCACCCACGCAGAAGCGUGACCAACACAGCAUGGAGAAGGUCGCGUCCUUUGUUGCCCAUACGGCACACGAGGCCGCAAAAGAUACCAAGACAAAGACGCCGUUUGCCGUGGCUGCGCAGCAGGCUGGCUAUGAAUAUCUUGGUGGGAAAAUGGACGACAUUACAGUUGUCACGAGUCUUGUGACGUUAGACGGAGCCCAAGAAUGA